AUGGCUUCAGCAGUGGAAAAGUUCGACGGCAAGGAAGAGAUCCAGCUGGAGCGUCUGGCAAAAGACACCAAAGAGACACACGGGUUCCUGUACGAGGACCCGAAGACGACGCCACCCAAGUCUCGCGAGGAGCGCAGGCUCGUGCUCAAGGCCGAUCUAUUGAUCGUGGGCAUGACCUCGUUGGUCUUCUUGGUCAACCAGUGGGAUCGAGGAAACAUCGGCAAUGCCCGGGUCAUGGGCUUUCAACGCGACUUGAACAUGAGCAAUGGACAGUUCUACAACGCCAUCUCCCUCUAUUAUGUCGGGUACACCCUUUCCAUUCUUCCCGCCAGUCUGUCUAUCCGCAUCUUCAAGCCGCACAGGCAGGUCGGCGGCUGCGUGAUCCUCUUUGCCACCCUGUCAUGCUGUAUGGCCGCGGCGAAAAACGCUGGCACCGUCUUGGCCCUGCGAAUCAUCUUCGGGUUCGCGUCGGCGUUUCUUCAAGCCUUGACGCUUUAUACCAGCAUGUGGUAUAAGCGGAAUGAACUGGCAACACGGGGUGGUGUCUUCUACUCAGCCGCCACCAUCGCUGGCGGCUUUAGCGGUCUCAUCGCCUACGCAAUACAAAAAAACCUGGAUGGCGCCCUCGGCAAACCGUCCUGGUACUGGCUCUUCAUCAUUGAAGGCGUUGCCGGUAUCUUUGUCGGGCUGGCCUGUUGGAUUCUGUUGCCGCCCGCUCCAGAUCAGCUGAAGAAAAAACACUGGAUCUUCAGGGACAGUGAAAUCGACCUGGCAAUCGACCGCAUGAAGACGUACAAUGUCGAGCACGCGGGGUUCAAGUGGAAGCAGAUGUGGAUUGCCCUCAAAGAUCCCAAAACGAUUCCUUUCUGGUUCAUCAGCGCGGGGGUGUCUCUGGCAUUGGCUUCCAUCAGCGCCUUCUUGCCCAGCUUCAUCGCUCAGUUUGGGUACUCUGCUGUGCAAACGCAGCUCUUUUCAAUCAUCCCAUAUGCAUGCGCCUUCGUUACGUUGAUUGUGGUGAACAUGGCCUCCGACCGACUCAACGCCAAGGGAGUAUUCCUCAUGGGCCUCUUGUGUAGCAGCAUCGUUGGGUAUAUCAUCCUGAUCGCGGUUCACAAUGUGAAGGUCAAGAUAUUUGCCACAUGCCUAAUCACCAUGGGCACAUUCCCGGGUGUGACGUUGAUGGGAGCUUGGAUGAACAUCAACACUGGGGGCUUCACCAAGCGCGCCACCACCUGGGGCACGGCUGAGAUUGUCGGGCAGUGCUUCGCUAUCCUCGGGUCGCACAUCUACACGGAUCCCCCACAAUACGUCAAGGGCCACUCGAUCGCACUGGCUUUUGAGGUCCUUGCAUUAAUGUCGGCUGUGUUCUGCUGGUUCUGGAUGCGGUGGCUCAACAACAAGAAGGACAGGGAGGCGCUGGAACAUGCCGCUGCUGGGACGACAGAUCCAAACCUCCACAAGACUCUUGAGGACGUCCAAGACUAUCAUCCUUCGUUCCGAUACAUUCUGUAG